UUUUUCAUAGCAGCAAACAAAAAGAAACAAAUAGAUAAUCUAAUCACAUUGAUUCGCUUGCUUCAUUGCCUGUUGAAUGACGAAUUCUGUUGUACAGAAGAUUGCUCCAGAGCCAAACAUUCCAUCUACACUCUUCGCCAUCAUCACCAUCCAUCUUCACAGCGAGCGCGUCGACAAGUCGAAACACAUAAGUCUCAUCACUGCUGCGAUUACGCUGCUCUAUUUACUUCAUCGCCUGUUUCGGAAAAUGCCCCAGCCGCCACCACCACCAGACGCGCCUCCAGCCAGCCACCCCGUCUCUCGUACGCAUGCUGCAAUCCUCUCCGUACCCCUGCGCAUCCCGUAUAUCCUCCCCCACACGUACCUAGCCGUCUCAGUAGAGCUUCAACUGCUACUCCUCGUCGCGGACGUGCUGGCCAUCUUGGUGCUAGCGCUCGCCAUCUACAUGACGGCAAUCUUGCUGGAUCCGCGUUUUAUCAUAGCGCCAGCGAGCGGGGCCGAAAUGGAAAUUGUGAGGGUGGCGGCAGAGAUGGCGUAUCGACUUGCCAGGUGGCUAUCUGGAUUCGGAAUCACUUAUUUUGUAGGAAUACUGGGGGUGAGGAUCGGGUUUGGAGCUUGGGUGUACGAUUCGGAGCUGUGGAGGGAAUGGAUUGGUUGAAAGGUAUC